CGGGAGCGAGAACACACACAUCCUCCUCCACAUCCACAACAACAACAACAAAAACAACAACAACAGUCAUGCCGCAGCGAACAGCGCAGGAGUGGAUCCGGACCUCUCUGCGCACUCCGGGCAUCUUCAUCUUCGGCCUGGUCAUGGCUCCCUGCGGCUGGAUCCUGGAUCUCACCGCCACCGUGUCCCCAAACUGGAGGACCCUGAACAACAUCCCCAACAGACCGGCGGACGAGUUCCUGCAGCAGGGCAUCUGGGACAUCUGCAGGGCCACGACCACCACCACCACCCUGGAGUGCAAUCUGCAGGACACCACGUACUUCGGGAACCAGAUCAUCGAGGUGGCCCAGGGCCUGAUGGUGGCCUCCCUCAUCGUGACUCUCAUCGGGCUGGCCGUGGCCAUCCCCGGGAUACGCUGCUGGAGAGACCAGCCUAACUGGGUGGUGGCCGGCCUGGGCGGGCUGCUCAUCUUCCUCUCGGGCGUCAUGACCAUCAUCCCCAUCGCCUGGUACACCCACAUCCUCACCGAGAUCACGUCCGCGUCCCCGCUCAACGACGUGCGCGUGGGCUACUGCAUCAUCCUGGGCUACAUCGGCGGGAUAUUCGAGGUGCUGGGCGGCUUCGUCAUGUUCAUCGGGAUCUGCCGCUGCUGCGGAGGGAAGAACCGGGGCGAGAGACCCGUGGAGGAGGUCACCGGCCGGUACCGGCAGAGGAAGACGGAGCUGCCGAGACGCGUGGAGGUGCCGAGCCUGAACCGGGCCAGGAGCACCGCCAGCAGCGUGCCGUACUCCAAGGACUCCCUGGACGAUGAUGUGUCGUUCCCCCGAGCCAAGAGCCCCGCGGCCCGCUCAGCCAACACCUCCAUGAACGGCAGGCCCUACGACGCAGACCUAUGAGGAGCUGGAGAGGAGAGGACAGUUUACAAAAGAGACUGUGAGUGGAAAACAUCCGAGGAAGAGUAUUGUAGUGAUGUAGGAGACACAAAUACAACAAAAAAGUACUUUAAAGUCAGCAUUCAGUCUUCUGCUGAAGAUCAAAAACCUUAAAUAUGAAACUGAAGUGAAGCAGAAUCUCUCCAUCAUUAACAUCUGAAGGCAUGUGUGUGUGAUAGAAGAAGGAGUUUAAUGGUGUGACAGGUCCGUGGCUGCAGGUUAAUGUGGCUCAUUAAGGGCUCAGCUUGAUUAUGAUUAAUUAUAACAUGAGUGUAACAGAUUACAGGCCAGUUGGAGGCCCCUAACGGAGCCAUGAACACCAUAAAGGUAGUGAUAAUGACAGUGUGAGGAUAUAGAAGGAGUGGGCCAUGAAGGACUUUGGAGAAUGAAGAAUUGUGUCUGGAGGAAACAGUCAUGAAGCUCAACUCAACUUGUCAAAUAUUCCUCAUGUUUAAGGAAGCUUUUAUUUUUCUCGUGUACAUUGAUUAAUGCACCGUCCUGUUGUUUUUCUGUAAAUACUGUCUUGUGAUGCACUUUACGAUUAAGGCCAAACCUUCCAGGUUGAACGAAGCAUCCUGAAGUGAUCAAUGUUGUUCUCGUCGCUCUGCAGUACACGUGAUUAAAUGUGUUUCCUAAUAACAUA